AUGAUUCGGGCGCAUAUCAGGCAGAUUGCCCUGCACGGGGACCGGGCUCGAUUGGGGUUUUCCACAGCCGUCCGUCAUUUUUCCGUCUCUCGGGUCGCUUUGGAAGGUCAGGACCAACCAUCCCGUCAAAGUGGACUAAGCCGAGGUCCGGCACCUUCACUAUCUCGCGGUCCCCGAACAUUGACAAAACCCUCAACAUCUGGUGCCCAAAACCGAGGCCGCCCUGCCAAGGUCAUUGAUGCCAGGUCCUUUGCCGCACCGCGGGCGGGUGGUGACUCGCCCAAGAUUAUCCGCAAUCCCAGACUCCGAAACAUCCGACCCAGCAAUCAGGCCCAUGGUCGUAAGUCCAAAUCCGCGACCUCGAAGAAAGCAGCUGCGAAGGGUCGAAAGCAACCUCGCUCUCGAGGCCCCAAAAAGUUCGAGGUGGAUGAGGGUGAGGAGUUGUGUGCGGCCGAAAUUCAACAGAUCGAGCAGGACCAAGCAGCGAAGGCUCGACCAACCCCAGUCCGCUAUGAGCCGCGGGAGAUCAGCUUUUCUACAUUGAAGGAGACUUGGCCUUCAAUUCCCACGGAUACCAAUGCGCGCUCCGCUGCGGUCCUUGAAAAGCUCUCCGUUCUGAGUGGUCGUAUUCCGAAUGGAUAUAUUCCGCCCUACGAGUUGGGAAGGCGGAUCUGGAAGGGCCAGAACGUUAUGUUUGAGAACGAGGCUGAAAAGACCGAGGCCAUGGAAGAAGUCAAGCGCCUAGCUCAGCUCCAGGCAGACAAGAUGUCUCAGCGAAAGGGAGACCUUGUGGAGCCUCGCGAUGUCAAGUUCCGCGCCAUCGAUGCCGAAGACACGAGAACGUUGAUGGAGACAUUUGCCCAAGGGAAAUACCCCACCCUUGAAGCUAGUAAGGACCAGUCAGCCGUCCUCGGCGAGGUCAUCAGAAAUCUCCGAAAUAACGGGACCUACCAGACGGCGGGCAAGCGCCCCCAGUUUCUAGCCAAGGUCGAGUCCCUUUUGUCCUCGAGUCGUGUAAAGCGCACAUGA